GUAACCCAAGGCCAGCACAAUCACAAAUAUUGUACUCGUCGUUAAGAAUUUUGAAGUCUAGAACCGCGACCAGAAGAAACGAUCGACGGACAUAGAAGAAGUGUAAAGGCGCGAAGGAGGCGGCGCGCACGACACAAAUCUAUUCUCGAUAAGAGGCAAACGAUUCGACAAUCGUUUGUGACCAGGACCUUGUGCUGGUGAUAAGUUGUAGUUCGGCGUUGCAAGAAGCACACGCAGAAUUCGAAUUGUCAAACAAAAAAUGCAUUUGAACACGGACUAUUUUCUGCACGAUCCGGUGCAGGAGCUGGAAAGCGCGGCGUCAAAGCCCAGCGAAAUGAGAAAAACCACACCCGAGGGCUACAUAGAAAUCCUGCCCAAUCGGCUGUACUGGACCGCGGUGAAUUCCACGCCGAGACCGACCUCGCAGUACCACUUUUUCUGCAUCGACCAGGACUUGGUCUACGAGCCCUUCAACCAGGAUUUUGGCCCGCUGAACCUCUCCUGCACCUAUAAAUUCGCCCGCUUGGUGAAAAAACUGCUGGACGACCCGAGUUUGUCGAAGAAGAAGCUCGUCCACUACUGCAGCCUCUCGGAAAAAAAGCGGCCGAACGCGGCGUACCUGAUGUGCUGCUUUCAGGUGAUGUACCUGAACAAACCCGCGGAACUAGCCUACAGGCCGUUUGAGAACAUCCGACCCCAGUUUCAGCCCUUCCGGGACGCGACGGCCGGCAUGUGCAACUACGCGUGCACGGUGCUGGACUGCGUCAAGGGGUUGGAGUACGCCAUGAAAAUAAACUGGUUUAACCCGGAGACGUUCAACGUGCAGGCGUACGAUUACUACGAAAAGGUGGACAACGGCGACAUCUCCUGGGUUAUGCAUUGCAAACAUGUCUGGGUCUGGAAGGUUGCAACUUGUAAUGCUGUCUCUGCAUUUUAGGAAAAUCUGUAUUGCAUGAUCAGCAAGAGGGGUCCAGUUUGUGCUUCAUGGAGAGGGCAUUUAUCAUGCGGAAUAUGCAUUAGGAAGCCCUCCAAAAAUCUGUGAUGCUAGGUGAUGCAUUACAGGCAUCGUGGGCCAUGAAAAAUCUGCAUGACAACUCUCGCAAUCUUCCAGACCCAGACAUUUUUGCAUUUCACAUGGGUGAUCCCGGAGAAAUUUCUCGCGUUUUCCGGGCCCAGCGGGAACGGUAUUGACACCUACGGCUACCCCGCCUUCACCCCCGAGGACUACGUGCCGAUCUUCCGCAAUGCGAACGUGUCCACCGUGGUGCGGCUGAACAAGGAGCAGUACGAUGCGGCGAGGUUCACGAUGAACGGCAUCAAGCACGUAGACAUGUUUUUCCCGGACGGGAGCUGUCCGCCGAGGGACAUUGUCAACCGGUUUCUGCGCUUGGCGGAAUCCGAACCUGCUGCGUUAGCGGUGCACUGCAAAGCGGGUCUGGGGCGGACGGGCACUUUGAUCGGGCUGUAUGCGCAGAAGCACUACAAAUUUCCGGGCCGGGCCUACAUCGGGUGGAACCGGAUCGCGCGGCCGGGCGCGAUCCUCGGACCACAGCAGCAGUAUUUGUGCGAUAUGGAAAGGGAAAUGAUUGCUCUGGGCGAGCAGGAGCGCGCGACGAAGGGACUGAAUGGUCGCAAUUUGCCAUCAGUGUCUGGUAGCGGAGCCUCAAACUCAUUAAACGCAGGAGCAGCACUUCGCUCCCUCACCGCCGCUGAGAAGAAGGAAGACGUCGGCCAGGGCGAGCGUUUGGUCGCAGCUAAGGCGAAGCAAGGUGCAGGGGCUGGUGCUCUCACCGCGAAGUCCAGUAUCAGUGCGAACCUGCAAGCGAAGUUGACUUCGAACGUCAGUGUGGGGGGAACAGGUUCGUACAUCAACCGUUUAACCGGGAGCGAAAUCUCCUUUUCGCGGUUCAGUCCGGGCCUCUCCUCGUCCAGUUCCCCGAUGAAGCUCCUCGGACAGAAGCGCAGCGACAGUCGGCCAAUCAUGAAGGGAAUGUUCGGGCCGCAGGGGCAACGCCCAGUGCGGUUGAGCUCGAAUAACUGAGUGGUUCCCGAGAAAAACGAGACUACACUGCCACGCUCGUCGUUUUCAAAACGGUAACGGUCGACACGGCAGCUGUCUUUACCGUUCCCGACACAUCAGAGAAUACUCCCCUAAACCUUUUGCGAAGUAGAAACUUUUUCAGUGCCGCUGCUCAAGCGACACAAGCGACGAACUAUGCUUCAAUUCAGGAUUAAUGGCUUCAGGCUUCAGGUUCACAUCUUGCAUUUAAUUUUCAAAAAAUCAACCAAAACUAAACAUUAUUUUUACACAUUUUGCAUUUUUCAUUUUGUCACUUGUUCCAUUAUCUUCAUUUUUUACUUCUUUGUUGCAUAUUUUUCUGUAGUUCAGUUUUUUACAUUUUGCCACACCUUUUCAUCGGUCUUCACAUCGCAUUCACAAUCAAGUAAAAGCACCAGCACACUGUCGUCAUCGUACUAACAAGCGUCGCACAUGCACAGUCACAGUACCCCUGUGCCGAACGUGCUCGCGUGACGUUCUAUUCGUUGUCCCCACGAUUUCUGUGCCUUUUCGCAUAGCAAGGCUAUUACCAAUAGCCCUGCGAUGCAAUCGAUCUCACGGCAGUGCACGACCAGCCAUCACUAGGAUGAACCCACCUGUAGUAUUUCUAGUUAGUGUGUUCCGCGAAGAAAAGUGUGUCGUUUCCAUUUUGUGCAGAAGUUGAGUUCAACUGAGAUUUGGAUUCGAUUUCUUCUGAAGUACAAAGUAGUAGGCUAGUAGGUAGUCUUCCUGCCGCUGGCAUCUUCUGUUUGAGUUCUCCGCUGCUUUAUAGUACCCCUAUUUAGACAAGCGAGCAGGACGGAGCACCCAAGCAGUUUUUAAUUGUAAUUUUUAACCCACCCACUCAAAUUUCUCUACUACGUCGAGAUCUGGCUCCCCCUGAUUUACCAAAGUGUCGUCUUCUUCCAUGCGAUUAGUUACAAAAGUAACUGCGAGCGCAAAAAUUAGCUUUGAUAAUUCAGGCUGCCACUCGUCUGAAUAUUGACUUGCGCAGCGCCUAAGGUUUUUCUGCUGUGGUAGCGCAAGACCGUGAUUUUUUUGAUCUUAUUCAUUUUAUUUUUCGACGCAU